AGUUGACUCCCGAAAUCGUCGUCGGCGACUUUGAAUUUGAAGCAAUGGUUGAAUCGGAGAGAACGAAACACACAUGUCUCCGCCUUGAAAUAUCCGGCGCCGAUCCAAUUUUCAUCAAAGGCACUUGGUAUCAUUCUCGUUUUGAUAUCUCCGUCACCGAUGGCUCCUCUUCCUGGAUUUGCAAUGCAACGGAGGAGGAGGUUGCGGAGCGAGCGGUGCAAUGGGACCAACCUGUAUCGGAGUAUUUGGAGCUCGCCGAGCAGUACUUAGGGUUUCAACAGCCUGAUUCUGUCUAUGGUUUCUCUGAUGCUCUUGAGGGAUCUAAACGGCUCUCUUGGACGUUUGAGAAAGAAGGGACUAAACUUGAGUGGAGGUGGAAGUGUAAACCAUCACAUGAUAACAAGAAGAUCACUGUUGGGGUCUUGGAUUUUCUUAUGGAGGCUAAUAUAAGGCUAAGUGAAGAAGUUGUGAACAAGACGAGAUCUUUUGGGAAGAUGAAAAGUGAAGCUGAGAGAUGUAUCACGCAAGGUGAAAAGCUCUGCAAAGAAAAAACAGAGUUUGAGGAUGCAACUUAUGCAAAGUUCCUUUCUGUGUUGAAUGCAAAGAAGGCAAAACUGAGAGCGCUAAGGGACAAAGAAGAUUCAGGGAAGGCAGUUGAGGAGGAAGAGUCGACAGACAGAACUGAAAGCUUUGACGACAGUGGACGAAGUGACAAUGAGCAGGGCGAGGAAGUAGCCUCAAAGAAGGCAACAAGCAGCAAAGCUCGUGGCCAAAAGAGAGCUGCACGGAGCUAAGAGAUUCCCCUGCCUUGAGAUUUUAGUUCAGAGUUUCCAUUCCAAGUUUUGUCGAGCUCAUAGGUAGGAAAAGAUAAACAUCUUUUCGUUAAAAAUUUGCUAGAAUCUGUAUUGCUUAUGAAAGUAAAUGCAAUUGGCUUGGAGAUGAAAUGAUUACUAUAAAAGCUUCAAGCCUCAUUUUCUUGUGCCGCCGUGGCCAAAGAGAUGCUAUUUUGGAGUUAAAAAAGGAGUUACCAGUCCAUAGUUCCAUACUAUGAUACGAUUCAUCAUCGUAUUACAUAAAGAAGAAGAAAACUAAUAUCUUGAGUAGGAGAAGGACUGUGCCACGUGAGAAGGAAGUAAGACUAUCCUCAUCAUCGUAUUACAUAAAGAAGAAGAAAACUAAUAUCUUGAGUAGGAGAAGGACUGUGCCACGUGAGAAGGAAGUAAGACUAUCCUCAUCAUCGUAUUACAUAAAGAAGAAGAAAACUAAUAUCUUGAGUAGGAGAAGGACUGUGCCACGUGAGAAGGAAGUAAGACUAUCCUCAUCAUCGUAUUACAUAAAGAAGAAGAAAACUAAUAUCUUGAGUAGGAGAAGGACUGUGCCACGUGAGAAGGAACUUGAUUGCUUCUCUUCCAAUUGAUUCCCACGGCUGAUUGUCCAUGGAUUCGGCGGCGAUUUGGUUCCGGUGAAGCAGGAGACAUGUGAUUCCGGUGGUGAUCGAUCCGUCGAAACCCUAAUAUUUGGGGAAGAUUCAAGCAGUUCAAUUUGUUCAGUUCGAUUUGGGGAAGAUUCAAGCAGUUCGAUUUAAUUAAGUCUUUCGUUUGGGGAAGAUUCAAGCAGUUCGAUUUGUUCAGUUGAGCUCAAACAAGUCACACUUAAGGCGACAAGGAAACAACAUUUCAACCAACCGAAAGAGAACAAGGAACACAUUGGGCGAUAUAGCUAUAGCCAGCCGUCGUCAUCUGACUGUAAUGGCUAUCUGGUUGACGAAGAAUCUAGCCAGCCAUCCGAGUCAAGUGCUUACAACUAUGCAGACAGUGAACCUGAGUUGGGAUUCCCCAAGAAGUGUUAUUGUGGUGCUGAACCUAUCAUUGACACAUGUUACUCGAGGAAUGAUCCAGGAAGAAAGUUCUUCUCUUGUGGGAACAGAGACGAUGGCGAGUGUCAUAUAUGGAAGUGGUGGGAUGUUGCGGUGAUGGAGGAGAUGAGAGCAAUUGAAACAAACUAUGGGAAGGUUGCAUCAAAGAUAGAUACUCUUACUCAAUAUAAAAUUGAGCUGAGCGAGAUCAAACACUUGAAGGUUGAAACUGAUGAGAAGAUCAACAAGCUAGAGAAGCUGGUUGCUGAGUUGAAUACGAAGAAGAGAGUGUACAUAUUCAGUUUGGAAUUGGUUCUCGGUGUCUUAUUAUGUUUGAUUGCUGUGUUAUGUCUGAUUAUGUUUAAGUAGGACAGUUUAAUUUGAUUAUGUAUGGUGUUGUUUAAGUUUCACUCGUACUGGUUUCGUGUACUUGUUUUUCCCAUGUGUAUGGUGUUGUUUAAGUUUGUUUGAUACUC